GGAGAGGUGGGUUGAGUGGUUAAUUUCGUCCAUUAACGAUCCGAUAUUUCUCAAGGAAGUAGUAACCCCGUCUAACCCUAUAAUAAUAAUAAUAUAUAAUUCGCCCUCUUGCAUUGUAUAUACGAGUCCAUCGGCAUCGGGAUAGACAGUUUCGGAAUCGAUGAAUACAAGGAGUACGGGGAAGGCGAAACCCAAGGACGGGGGUGAAGAUGUGAGGUCGAAGGCUCUGCGGAUGAGGACGGGCACGAAGAUUUUCAAGGAAUCUGUGAUCAAACGUGGGUAAGUAUAUACGAGUCCAUUGGCAUCGGAAUAGACAGAUUCGGAAUCGAUGAAUACAAGGAGUACGGGGAAGGCGAAAUCCAAGGACGGUGGUGAAGAUGUGAAGUCGAAGGCUCUGCGGAGGAGGACGGGCACGAAGAUUUUCAAGGAAUCUGUGAUCAAACAUCGGGGCAGGGGCAGAGGAAGGGGAAAGGGCAGCGCCACCGGAAGACUAGGCCCUCCUCGCUCACUCGUAUAUAUCGGUAAUGGAUGGGCUGGUUAUAAGACACAUCAGUGUGCAUUGGCUGCGCUAUCACGCAUCAAUGAGGAACAACAGGGUCCGAAAUACAAGCUUGUUGAGCCACUAGAGUGUAUCAACUGCCCAUCUGUAUUUUAUCACACCUUCCUCUAUCAUUGCAACUUUGUUGCUAGGCCUGAAAAUGGAAGUGCUGCUGAUGAUACGCUCUUUUUUGCGGAAUUGGAGGGGAAACAAGAGAAGCUUGGCGGCCAAAUCACUCUCACCCUCCUUUUCUGGCGCAUUUUAGGGCCCUGUGAUUCUGAGGGUGACUGUGAAAAUUGUGGAGCUCUUCCAGGUUGGGUCAAACAUCCUAAACGCGACGGGUUCCACAAGUUUGUUGAGCCUGGUGCCGUUUUAUGGUGAUGGAUACCGCCUACCUCGGGCAGGCUAUGAAUCAAAUGACGCCAUGAACAUUUGAUCAGUACUUCGGAUAUGGUUUGGAUCUAUACUUCGAAUAGCUGAUCAACUGCACUUCCAGUUCAGAGAAGCUUGAUGAACAUUUGAUCAGUACUUCAGUAACUUUUAUGACACCAUCUAAAUUAAAGAGCCCAUACAAUAGGCCGUUUGUCAGCUCUUAAAUUUGAUUCUAAUGUAAAUAAUGCUACAGAAACGUUACUGAGCAGCUGUAUGGCUUGGGUAUCUUGAAUGCCGUUGUUAAAGCUUUUCUGAAUACUCCGUAUUAAUUGAACCUUGUGUGGGCUAUUUUACACCGUAGAGUCACCCAAGUAAUUACUUUUACUAUUUUACCAAAUUUCCAGAAUCACAGUGGGAAUGCUUUCGUCA